UAAAAUACCUGUUUAAUUCAUCUGCCAUCUCCUUAUUUUCCAUUAUUAAAUUCCCAUUAUAGCAUAAUCUUUAACAUCAUGAUAUGAUGACAUAAUAUAACAUUAGCAACAUUGAGUGAUUUAAAAAAACAUCAGAAAUCAUAUGAUCUUUUUAAAAACAGGGAGCUGAUAGCAUGUUAAAUCGUGUAGUAGAAAUACAGAAAAUGCAAGCACGGGUGGGCUAUUCGGCCCUUCAGAUCUGCUGCACCAUUCAACACGAUCAUGGCUGAUCAUUCACUUCAGCACCAUUUCCACCUUCCCCAUAUUCCUUCAUUAUUUCAGCAUGAAAAAUUAUGUCUACCUCCUUGAAUAUAUUCAAUGACUUGGUCUCCACUGCCUUCCGUGGGGGAGAAUUCCAUAGGGUGAAGGCUUCUUCUCUUUCAGAUCUAAAUCACAUACCCGGUACCUUGUGACCCCGCUUCUGAACGCCCAGCCACUGAGAACAUCCUCCCUGUAUCUACCCUAUGAGAUCCUCUCUGAUGCUUCUAAAUUCCAUUGAGUAUAGCUGACCCCAUCUCUCCUCAUACAUUUGUCGUGGAAUAAGUUGCAUAAAUCUUCAUUUCACUCCCCCUGCAGUAAGAACAUCCUUCUCUGGCUAAGGAGAUCCAAACUCCACACAAAGCUACAGAUGGGGUCUCACCAAGGCCCUGUACAGCUGCAGCAGGACAUCCUUGCUGCUGUACUGACAGGUUGAGGAAUGGUGGGCUGGAGGAUAGGGUGGCGUGAUCGUGGGUUGGGGACCGUAGCUGGAAGAUGGUGGGUUAGAGGGUGAUGGGUGGGGUUGGGGAACAGUGGGUUUGUGACUAGUAGGUUAGUGGGUGGUGUUUGGGGAAAGUGGGUGGGAGAUGGUGGGGUUGGAGGAUGGAGGGUUAGGGGACAGUGGUCCAACUGACGUCUGUAUUCAUGUUUAUUAACUGGAGGAACUUGUGCCUCACACCUGAUGUGAAGCUGCCUGCCAGGAUAGGACUCCCUGUCAAAUGUAAAUCUGUGUGACCUCACGUCAGUGAUCCUGCACGUGGAUGGGAGAAAUAAGGUGAGGAUGGUACCUUGGGAGAAUCCCAGAGGGAAUGAUGAGAAGACAAGAUGUCAAGCAAUUGAUGGAGAUGUUCUAAAUAUGGUUGGGCAGCUCAAGGUGGGUCUGGGCUGGGCUGGCCAGUGGUGGCAGGGGUAGGGAGAAGGAUGAUGUGUUCAGUCAUGUCAAAGGUCACAGAAGGUUAAUAAAUAUUGGAAUGAUACCACACUGAUAGAAGACUGAGGCAACAGCAGGCAGUGAAGAGGAAGGAGAGAGUAGAGAGGGAGAAGUGGUAUUGGAAAGAAAGGGUAACAUCUGAGCAUUGGGAGCUAGGAAAGUAAGUCAAUAAUUUAAUUGGAAUGAGAUCAGAAGCAACAUGAGAUAAGAGAGGGCUUAUAGGAUAAGUGGUAGAGCAAGGCAUAAAUUCAAGGCCGGGAUAGGGAGCCUGAGGGGGCUGAUUGGUUGUGUUCCCAAGGGAAAGGGAUAUCAAGAAAGGCAGCUGAAUGGUCAAUCUCGAUCUUUAUGACAAGAAAGUCUGUGGGUUCCUCUACCGGACAAAAGUGGACUGAGCAAGGAAAAUUACUACCAAAGGGCUGAGCUGCCUUGUCGGCUUGACUUGGGUUAAAUGUGCUCUCAGGUCAGUGUGCAUUCGAGCAAAGCCUCUCCUCUGUACUUUGCCCACAAGAUUUCUGUUUGUUUUUGUUCUCUGAUUGACAGAGACCAGUCAUCAUCAACCUGAACAUGGCUUCUUUGUACACCAGUGUGCUGGUUUCUUGGGUCCUCCAGCUGUUCUGUCUGACACACUCUGCAGUCUUCCUGCAGGAGGGUGAGGCCAAAAGUCUAUUGCACAGAGGCCGACGAUCUAACACGCCAUUUGAAGAGCUGAAAAAAGGUUCAGUUGAGCGAGAGUGUUUCGAGGAACAGUGCACACGUGAAGAAGCGAGAGAAGUGUUUGAAAAUGAAUCAAGAACUGAAGAGUUCUGGACCAUCUACACAGAUGGCAAUCAAUGCGCAUCAAACCCAUGCCAAAAUGGAGGAACGUGCCAGGACCAACUGAAAGGUUAUCAGUGCUGGUGUACAGAGAACUUCGAAGGCUGGAAUUGUGAAAUAGAAAAAACCAAAAAGAUUAAAUGCAUCUUUGAGAAUGGACAUUGCGAGCAGUUCUGCAGUGAAGUUGCUCAUUCAUCUCGUGAAUGCAGCUGUACAGAGGGUUACAGACUUGCAGAAGAUGGAGUGUCAUGUAUUAGCAAAGUGCAAUAUCCAUGUGGAAAAGUGCCCCGUAUGAAUGAUCAUGCAAGGUCGGGCAUGGCUAAAGAACGUGGCCAAUUGUCCAGAAUUGUGGAUGGGAAAAAUGCUUUCAAAGGAGAGUCGCCGUGGCAGAUUUUUCUGACUAACAAAGGAGGGUUUUUAUGUGGAGCUGUGUUACUCAGUCCUCAGUGGGUUAUCACUGCUGCUCACUGCACCUACGACAAGAGAAGAGAAGAUCUACAAGCUGUAGCAGGUGAACAUGUGCUGAAUGAAGAAGAAGGAACAGAACAGAAAAGGAAUGUGUCAGAAAUGAUCCAACAUGAGAACUACAACCCUAACACUGUUGACAAUGAUAUUGCAAUGCUGAAGCUCGAUGUGCCUAUCACUUUGAAUGAUUAUGCAGUCCCUAUCUGUUUACCCGAGCCAGGAUUUGCUGUGCGGGAGUUGAGACAAAUCAGGUUUUCCACUGUGAGUGGAUGGGGAAAGCAAUUGGAGGCUGGGCUGAUAGCUAACAUACUGCAAGUCCUCCAGGUGCCCAUUGUCUGGACGUCUCUGUGCCGCCAGACCACCAGGUAUAACAUUACUGACAACAUGUUCUGUGCUGGCUAUAUCGAGGCGCUGAAAGACACUUGCAAGGGAGACAGUGGGGGACCACACGUCACAAAGUACAAAGACACCUGGUUUUUGACUGGAAUAGUUAGCUGGGGAGAAGGAUGUGCCCGUGAGGGCAAGUACGGAAUUUACACCAAAGUUCACAAGUACUUCAAUUGGAUAGGACAGUUCCUGAAUCCCCCAAGUCCAAAAGUCAGUGCAGAAAGUUCUGUGAAUCUUACAGAGUCAGUGCAACCAGUGGCAAAUCUUUCUCAUGUAUAAACUAGUUUCAUAAACCAGCAAAAUACCUGCAGUUUCUGAGAAUUAAAGAUCUUGAUGUUAAAUAUUCAGUUGUAUUGUUUCUGCAUUACAAGUAAAUCCUAAGUCAGUUAAAUCUUAUUAAAUUCUAAAUUUCAA